CCCCAGGCCCACUGGGCCCACCGAGCUGGGAGCUCCGGGGCGGCGGGCGGGGGUGGGCUCUCGAGUUUAUUGACAAGCAUAAAGUCUGGCAGCGCCCCCCUGGGGGCGGGGGGGCCGAGUUGCGGGGCGCCGGGGCCCGGCUGAGAGAGCAGGCAGGGCCCUGCUGCGGCCUGACCGUCCCAGGCUGCUGCUGCUCUGGGAGAAGGACCUUUGUCGGGCUGCCAUCCUUUUCCGUCGGCGAGAAGCCACGUCGCCCUGGGCCUAAAGCAGGAUCCGAGCCUUGCCCCUUCGCCUGGCAUGACCCUGCACUGCUUGCAGUCAAAGCCCGCAGCUGGGAUACACCCAGGCGCAAAAAGAAUAAACACAGAUUGGGCCAUGGCAGAAGGGAACUAGUUGCUGAGCCAGGAUGGGUUUUGCUGAAGACAAAGUGUACGACUACAUUUUGAAAAACUUCAAAAAUUUCAAGAACAUCCGUGUGGCAUCACUGGCCGAUUCCCUGAGCUGCCUCACCGAUGAUGACAGAGAUGAGCUUCACACUCGGGAGGAAAUGCGGGGGAGCCAGGCGACCGUCUAUAGGUUUUAUCAGCACCUGAAGUGCCGGCAGGGCUGGGUGCUGGAUCUCAUCGAAGCACUGCGCCAGAACAAUGCAGGGCAUCUGGCUGAUGAGCUGCAGCACGUAUACAACUCCUGGCAAAUCAGUCCCCCAGCUGCUGCCAGUGCCUCCUUCCCUCCUGCAGUCAGCAAUGCCCGUCCUGCUGUCUCCUCUGUCGGUUCCUCCACACCAUCCACAGGGCCGAGCCCUGCUCUGGGCACCCCAUUAGCUGAGCAGCCAUGCCAAGACCCACCUGUUGGCAGCCAUCCGCCUCUCCUGCCCAGUGCUGCUACCGUCACAGGCAUGGACCUGGAUGCCAGGGUUCCGGUGCAGGAAUCGCUCCCCAAAACAUUCCUGGAGCAAGAAAGCCCCCAGUCACCUCCACCUGAGAGUGCAGUGUGUGAUGGAGUGAGUGAUGGGCACAGUGGAGAGAGGCAUCGCUCACACCCCAUCAAGACUACCCAGGUGGCACCAGGGACCCCUAGGGCAGACAGCGUGGCUGUGACCUUGGCUGCCCCCCCUCCACAGGGCCGGGACUGGCUGGGCCGCCAGCAGCACCCGGUGUGUGUGGACAACGGGUGUUUUGGGAACGCUAACCACCUGCACCGCGGUGCACCAGGCUUGGGUCUGGGCAGGUCUCUUCCGCUGAGGGACACAAGCAUCGCUCACAGCCCUAGGCAGCCCAGGAACGAGCCCCAAGAGGACUUCUAUGUCUCCACUGAGUCAGUGCCGAGGCUGGAGGAGGCCGCUCACAGCAGGGGGCCACAGCCCCCAAACACACUGCCAGAAAAACAGGUUGUGCCCAGCUUUGAGCAUGGUGAGCCCCCAGACAGCUUUGUGGAUGUGCGCAGCCCGCUCCUCAUACAGCAGCAGUUUGACGCGGAGCAGAAGUGUGUCGGGAUGUGGCAAGAGCACAGAGGAGGUGAAGAGACUUUGAUGGAAACAACUACCCUGGUUGCUACCCCUGCACCCAGAGAUGCUUCCCCGUUCUGUGACACAUCCACGAAGCCUCCUGUGCAAGAGAAAGAACUGCCCACAGGGGAGACAGCCAGCAGCACCCCCUCCAUGCCGAUGAAGGAGGAAGUGGUCUCAGCCUCGGUGGACACUCUCCUGGGCACAACUGUUGUAGGCAAGGCUGAGCGGACGGCCUCCCGGGUGAGCUCUGCCACAAGCGUCUGGGAGUCUGGCAGCAACAUCGAGGGUGAUGUGGAGCUCAGCAAGCCAGGCAUCCUCCUCUCCACAGAUGGGGAGCACCCAGAGGCAGCUGGCAUAUGCCCAGGCUCUCAAGGGCCCUGCGGCCCCUAUUCCACGGAAUCCAAUAGCUUCACCCUUGGUAGUGAACAGCUCAUGGUGAGCACGGAUAGCUCAAGCUCAGGAGAACAGCUCUCUAGAGUCUCCUUAGGAUGCCCAGCUCCAGCAGACCCCAGGGAAGGGGAGACAGCUGGAGCAAGCAGAGACUCCCAUCCACCUUCAAGCUGGUACAGCACCUCUCUGGGUACCCAUGAGGUCCGUGUGGACCACUACCCCAGCACCCAGCUCGAGGCAGGCAGUGACCUCCAAGACAGAGCUGGUCCUCCAGGAAACUCCCCUGACUCUAGCAGGGGUCGUGGCACUGUGACCAGCUCGUCUCAGGCCAAAGUCCCCCCAGGGGACAGCAAUGGACCAUCCCUGCCAUACAUCUUUGCAGCUGUGGGCAUCGCUGUGAUUUCAGCUGUGGCGUUUCUGGUGUAUGCUCGAUUGCAGAAAUAGUGCUGGAGUGGGUGGUGUGCCACGACCGUCACUCAGCCUGAGUGAUUCCUCUUUGUAGCACAAAUUUGGCCAGCACAUCUGAAACCUGGAGAGCAGCGGGGGGGACAAGUCAGGGCGUUGUUACAUUUCUUUCUGAAAGAUUUUGCUGGAAGAGGCCUUGGUUGUGUGAUGCUGUUGGGUUUGGGUCUGUUCCCUCCCCCAUUUCCCAGCCAUCUUUUCUGUAGCCUUCUCCUUUUACACCCAUAGAGAGGGUCUUGCUCAAGGAGUCAUGCCUUAAGUCAAAAAAGGAAGUCCUCGUGGCAAUUCUCCACGUCUUCCUUGUUUGGUCCCAAGAGGGUCCUGGUGGUCCAAAGGGUGACUGAUUUUGAUGGCUUUCCUCACCUUGGCUUGAAACAUGCCUGAGGUGCUUCAUGUUGAAUUUGCCUAACUUCAUGUCUCUGGGUCUGCUGCUGGGACCUUUGCUCGGCUCUGCUGCUCGUUUUGCCCAGUGCUGGGUGCACAGGCAGGACCCUGGUGCACCAAGUCACACUGCCUUCUCACUCAUGACAAGAGACGCCCCUCUGAUGAGAGCACAGUCUGUCAUGCUGGGCUAGACCGCAUGCAAGCUGCCCGCUCUCCCAGGAGCUGUCGUCCUACUUUGGUGCUCUGCUUUGGAGCAUCCUUCCCUGCUGCUGAGGGUCAGGGGUGGACUCUGGCAUCACUUGAUGUGGCACUGGCACCCUGGGGAUAAAGCUGAGGGUCAGGAAAGAGCCAUAUCUAACCAGCGUGCUUGAGGAUCAACCUCAUUUCACCCCCCUCCAGGCAGGGAAGGGGGGUUAUGCUUUAAGAGGAGUGCAGAUUCAUGCAAUGCCAGUGCUAAGUGGACUUGGUCCCACACAGGAUUGUUGGGCGUCUUUAAUUUUUCGGCUGUAUUUAAUGAGCCUGGCUAGGAGCGUGGAUGUAGUUCUCACCUUUCUUGAUACAUGGUGCUAAGGGAUAGGAAUAUAGGAAGCUUGCAUCUGCACUGGGACACAAAUAGGGUUGGCUCUGUACGCUGCAGGGAGGCCGUAGAAUCAUAGAAUAGACUGGCUUGGGUUGGAAGGGACCUUAAAGACAUCUAGUCCCAACCCCCUGCCAUGGCCAGGGACACCUUCCACUAGCCCAGGUUGCUCCAAGCCCCGUUCAGCCUGGCCUUGAACACUGCCAGGGAUGGGGCAUCCACAGCUUCUACCCAGUGACUGAGAUGCUCUGGAUUAUUAUGAAGGUUCCAUUCAAAACUGCAGCCCAUGAUUUCCCUGCUUAUCCCCAGAGAUCAGCUUGGAGUGCAAGGGGACUGGGCUGCAAGAUUUGUAAGAUAAAUUUUUUAAGUCCAAAUAAAUUCUCAGCUUCCCCCAGCCCAGGGCAGAAAGGACACCUCUCAGUCGCUGCUGGCAGGCAUCUCUAACUCUAGGCAGUGUAGUGAUCCCCAGUCAUGCUGCCUGCUUCUGUUGCUGCAGCUGCAGGUUGUUUGCCAUCUCAUCUACUCCCUCCCAAAAGCACAGGGACACAAAAGUAACAAAACUACUUUUCUGUAGUGAGAGGGUUGUUAUAGCUAGAGGAUUGUUUAAUUUUUUUUUAAGCUCUUAAAAUGCCAGCAUAGACAUCUAGGUGUUCCCAACCUCCUGUGAUUUGCUGGGAGGCAACAGGAGAGCAGGAGAUGGGGCUGGGCAAAACGUUUGGCGAUCUGGUCCUGGAUUUGCACUGCAGAAGGCUUGUGCCAUGGGCUGGCACGGUUUGAAUCGGGCGAGGAUGCGGUGGACUUGAAACCACUUUGGUGGCCUGGUGCUGAUGCUUGGGCUACACUUGUAAUCCAGGCUGUUGCUUCUUCCCUGCUUUACUGUGUCCAGUAACUUAUUCCCCCUGGAUUCCUGCUGUUUGGCACAGCUUCCCAAAAUACAUCCUUCCUGCUGGCAGGCAAGCAGGAGGGAGGUGAGCUCCCCGGUGCUUGGCUGCCAAGUGUCUGGAGCUCAGCCUGUGGUGGGAAGGGUCUGUCAGCCCUGCGAUGGAGUGAAUGACCAGUCCUCCCUCCUAACACUUCGUCUUUGCUCAAAAAUGCAAGAAAUGCCUACCUUAAACGGUAAAGGAUGAUAAAGAUAUGCAACAGUGAGGUGUUGAUACUGAUCUGACAAGGCUGCUAUCCAGGUGAGCUUGAGGUGUUUGUUCAUUGCUUGCUCAGUGCCUGGUGCUUUAUCUGUCAGAGGAAGGGACGGUGCUUUUAAAUACACUUAACCUCCUCUGCUGGGAGAUGGAAGGUGAGGGCUGUUCUCCCCUGUUCUAGGUAACGUGGUGACUUGUCCAAAACCUCCAGGAUUCCCCAUCAGCAGUCCCCAGUAAGCUGUUGGGUUUUUUUCCUCAGCUUUUGUAAUUUUGCCAGUGGGGGCUUUGUAGAGCCCUGCCACUCCCCAUGAAAGCUGUAGUUCUCACCACUAAGAAUUGCUCUUUAUUUGGAGUGGGUAAGGAAAUCUCCCCAAAUCCUUUCACCUUGUUAAAAGGCUCAUGUUUACUGCUCAAUAUUGCACCAAAAUGAAGCAGAAUACAUGAGCCUGCAUAACUACACUGCAGAAUCCAUCUAAAAAUUUGUUAGAGAAGGGGCAUGUGCCUUCUCCAUAUGCUUUCUGCAUGAUUUGGAGGACGUCUGUGAGAUCCCAAACCAGCAGCAUCCACACCAAGGCCCUUUCUCUGAUGCUUUACUUGCCUUGCGAUAUUCUUCACAUAUUUUCCCGCCUCUUUUUAGCAAUAGCUUGUACGCUUUGCUUUUUCAUGUUAAAUUGCUCUUGUGAAACAGCUGGUUUAUCAUCACUUCAGACUUGAUAAAAGCACAUGUUCAGUUUUCUGCUGUGAAGUGCCGAUAUUUUCACAGUUGUCAUUUAGCACUUUAAAGGUAUAAUCAGCAGGUAAGCCUGCAGGAGGGAACUGUGUCCCUGCACAUCAUUCAAAAUAAGAUAAAAAGCCUUUUACUAACUGUAUAAUAAAAUUGUUUGCCACUUCACACUCAA